ACUAUAGUAGGUCUGAUCAUUUUGCUUUCUCCUGCUUUGUUUUCUGAGUCUGAUUUUUAGCAAUGUAUUUAUGCCUCAUGACAGUAUGAUUAUGCGGGACUAUUUUCUGCUCUAGCACCCUGUUUUAUUUUCUGGAACCCUUCAAAUGAACCUGGAUCCCCUAAACAAAUAUUCUGAUAGCAAGCUGUGGGAAGUGCUGGAAUUGUGUCACUUAAAAGAGUUUGUGCAGUCCCUUCCUGAGAAGCUACUGCAUGAGAUUUCAGAGGGUGGCGAGAACCUCAGCAUGGGACAACGGCAGCUGGUCUGUCUUGCUCGUGCUUUGCUUCGAAAAACAAAAAUUCUCAUCUUGGAUGAAGCAACAGCCUCCAUCGACUUUGAGACGGACAAGUUGGUGCAGACCACAAUCAGGAAGGAGUUUUCUGAUUGCACCAUCCUGACCAUUGCUCACAGGCUGCAGUCUAUCAUUGAUUCAGACAGGGUGCUUGUUCUAGAUUCAGGAAGCAUUGUGGAAUUCGAAGCGCCUCAGAAUUUGAUACGUCAGAAAGGACUUUUCUAUGAAAUGACAACGGAUGCUGGAAUAACACAAGAAUCAGGCACAAAAAAUAAAUUACUUUAGCUGUAUGUUAAUUUGCACAAUAAAAAAUCACUACAGUGCAUUAGUAUUUAAAAAGCAAAGAUAGAAGAAAAAUGCACAAGGGCAGGCCCCUGCUAUGAGCUGGCACACACUCUCAUAGGCACCAGUUUUGUUUGUUUGUUUGUUUGUUCGAGACAGAGUUUUGCUCUUGUUGCCCAGGCUGG